CUCGACGAUCCUGUACGGCGUGGAUCCUGUAAGCCGUCACGAUGAUAGCCCAGGUCAACACAGGAGCUCGGUCUUCUUUGGGUUGUCGGUUAUCAGAUAGAGGCCAUGCUCGCUGCACUGCAAAGACUCCUGGCCUCCAGUGAACUGUUUGAACUCAUUGUUGAUGCGUUCCAAGUCCACGGACGUCUUCCUUGCGUACACGGCCACGUGCCACUCUCGGCUCAUGCGCUGAAAGGCCUCGCGCUCCUCGUCCUCAUCAUAGAGCUUGUCGACCUCCGAGUUCUCCACGGUGCCGUCCCCGUCCUGGCUGCUGCCCAGCGUCUCCGUCCACCACCCACAUUGCAGGCCUCCCCAGCGGACCAGGUGACGCGUGCCAUAGUGAGACACGGGGCCACCAAUAGCUGUCUGCACAGCACGAGGGAGCUGCCGAUCACCCUGUGAUGUGUCGAUGGCCCCCAAGAGCCUCAGCUCGUAGUCUUGCUCCAGGACUCUAAUAUCGGUGGCUGGAGCGGACGGGCGAAACGCUGCCGUGUUAGGGAAGCUGUCGUUGGUAAGGACUAUGAGUGGGGGCGCUGAGAAGUCGGUGCCAGAAGCACUGCUGUCAGACUGCCGCAGCUGGCUGAGUGUCGCUUCCACCGAGGCGCUGCAGACGGGCGCGAGACGCGUGCGCACAGGGUCGGACGUGUUGUCCCACGGCACCCACGCCGCAUCGGUUAUGUCUCGACACAAAACCCCAACGCCACGACGCCGGAGGCUAGGGAAUUGCUGGCCAGCACCGUUGCAGAUCAAAGGCAGGCUGCCGAGUAGGGUGCCGAUAACGUGGCCCUGUCGCUCCAUGAAUCCUGCAAUCCCCUUCUUGCCGCGGUAGGCGAGCACCCGCCGCAGGACUGAUGCGAUGUUGUGACGCACUGACUGCGGGUUCACUGCAUCGCACCCUUUCACGAUGCCAUUGUAUACAGACGGGAUGGUAAGAGCGAUGCGCAGGAAGGUAGUGAGCACACCAUCGCCGAUGGGCAGAUAGGGCAUCGCCUGCGGACGUAAACCAUGACGAUCGAUGAACUGCGAUAUGAGGAGUGGCCGCGUCUUGUCCGGCUUUGGUUUCAUCUGUCCCCCCUGCGCCAACUGUGGAGAAGCUGCCUGCGGUGCGGGCGCCUGCUGCUGUGCGCCGGCUGCCGUGUGGUGGUCCAGGGAGACACUGGGCUCGCUCGAAGCCAUGACCAUGUGCUUCCAUUUAGUGGCCGCGCACUCAGCAGGAACGUACAUUCCCGUCCCCGCACAUCUGUUCACCUGAAGUGAGCAAACAUAGGCACAAAGUGCAGAUGGUCAGAUGGUCCAGCACACCUUGGCAUGCGUCAUGUCUCGCUCCGUCGCGUCAAGGAACUGCCGCAUUUCGGAGAUCAUGUAUCGGGGAAGGAUUCGGCGGCUCUCAUGGUAGAACAGCAGGUCUUGCCGGUAGUUGAGCACAAUGCGCUCGAUCUCUUCGAACCGUCCCGAGGGAUCGAUGAUGUUCCACCGGUUUCGCUUUGUAAUGUUGAAUGAUCGGAGGCCCCUGUAGCCUCCAGACAGCUCGACCUGCACAUCACCGUUGAUCAACGGAUAUUAUAAACACAGGUCGGUCGCCUACCAUGUGCGAUGAGUGCGAGUUGAACCGCAGUCUGCCUGCCUUCUGAACGCAGGGAGAGACACGAGCCGCGGCCAAUCGGUCGAUCCCGGGCACCUCCGUCACGUCUGGCACAGGCGGUCGAGGGACGUGCACAGCAGACACCCCGCCCUUCUGAUGCAAUGGGCACAUGCCGAUGCACAGCCCCUUCGUUGGUAAGUAGUGUAAAGGCGGCAUCGCCGUCCAGUACUUCAGUAGAGGGUGCGGCCCGCUCGUGAAAUAGUCAGGGCGCAGGCCAACGGAGAAACGCUGAUAGAUGUUGAUAGCCGGAGACACGUACUUAAGGUCGAUGACGUCAAGGAUGUGCUCGAAGGGGACCCAGCAGGCCUCGUCGAGGAAGAAGUUGCACCCCAGCCCGCAGACAUGCUAUGUAUACCCACAACGAACAAAGGUUUGAGACAGCACCUUUACCCGAUCUGUGCCUGAUGGCGCUUACUUCGGGCAUGGCGUGAUCGUUGAGGCUGUCGAUUAUGGCGCCUGCGCGGCCUGCACGCUUUCUGGCCAUGAAAAAAUUAUACUCCUCUGUGACAUCACGGAAGUGAUGUGAUAGGGAAGCGUCCUCCAUCAUCACCUGCAGCCGGGUGUCCCGAGCAUGGCCGUCUUGUACGAUAAACUCUGGCGCGCCCUCCCACAGCCUGCGAAUGGACGGGUCGAGGGCCCUCCAGAGUGUGGAGCCGCACUCGAAUCGCCGAUAUUUCAACAGCUCCCAGAAAGUCGCCGCCCAUCGCCAGCGCCAGUCUGCUGCCGUCACGGUAGGCUUUGUCAGAUAUGUUCGGCAAUCAGUGCAAACGAUGAACGCUCGUAUGUCUCCGUCGGAUAGCUGGCGACUGAUGUCACCGCAGCGUCCCGCGCGAAUUGCCAGCUUGCCGCUGCGGAGGUCAUGUGAGGUGAGGACACAGCCUUUCACGUGGAUUGACGGAUGGCGCCGCUCUCCUGCGACGUCUAUACGUCGCCGGCAGUUCUCGCAGCGCAGCAGAUGAGGAUCGAUGUCCUGCGUGACCCCACCAGUCGUCGUCGAAGUCGAUUGGUCGCCUUCAAAGAGUUGUCGCAGCGGGCAGUUCCGUGACGACUGUUGAGGGUGACUCAAGCGGUCGAAACAGUAUCGACACGACGCCUGUGCGCUGAACUGCAUCACGUCAGUUUCCUCUUCGUCACUCAUCUCAUGUGCCGGCUCUUCAGCCUCACCGACUGUCUCAAGUCCAUCGUCCCCAAAGAGAAGGUAUGGACAGUUGCGGGCGUCGUGAUCCUCCUGAUAACAUAUCCGGCAGCGUCGCCGUCGGGGCCCGUUUACCUCUCCUUCUGGCGGUGCUUGCGGACAGGUGCGAAUGUCGUGCCCCGGCAAAUGACAUCGGCUGCAGCGACGCUGUCGAGCGGCCGUUUGUUCAUGGUGGGCAGCCAAGUAAGACGGACACGUCCGAAUGUUGUGACCAGUGCGACCACAAUGCGAGCAAGACUGGAUCUGCGGAUGGCGUCGGCGCCGUCGUUGUUGCGGCUCAUCUUCAGCACCGUCUCCCUGCUCGUGGAUACGCUGCAUGUUCCCAUACAAGCUGUGCAUAAGCCGGUUCCAGCACUCUUUCAGCACCGCCCCAAAGCCACUGUCCGUAGCCACCCAGUCACCAAGAUACGAGCGUCCGACACUCUCCCCCCUGCAAGACACCACACAACAAACGCAACAUGUUUGCGUGCCAUUCGUUCCAAAAGGAUCCAAUUUAGCGGCAUUCGCAUGGUCCAAGGUCCAUUUCAUUGUCAAAGCUCUCAAACUCUUGCUCUCAGGACUCUCAAAGUCUCGCUCUCAAGGUCUCUCAGAGUCUCGCCCUCAGGGCUCUCAAAGUGUCGCUCUCAGGGCUCUCAAAGUCUCGCUCUCAGGGCUCUCAAUGUCUCACUCUCAGGGCUCAGCCAAGCGCCUUCUCCCCUUACCAACCCCCACUUCCCCCCACUGCACUGCAGCAAGCUGCCUCCCUCCCCUUCCCUUUCCCCGUCUUGAAAAAACUCUUGAUGCCUGUCUGAAAAAUCAGCAAUUGAGCGAAAUGCGUGCAGGCACCUACGUGUUGGUGUUGUUGUUGUUAUUGUUGUUGUUGUUCGAUCGGUUGCGGCUAUGGCCACGGCCACGCCCGCGGCGAGGGCCACGCGAACGACGACUUGAAAUGGCCAUAGCAGACACAUAGAGACACAGAGAGACUCUGAGGCUCAAACACUGCAAGUACAAAAUGUGUACUAGUUACCGUGUUGCUGGGGUGUGUGAUUGCCGACGGCGACGGUUCUGUGGCAAUCUCCGCUCCCACUUUCUCCUCCCUCCCGCCCCUCCUCUCUUGGUUGGGAACCGCAGCAACGAAGGGAUGUACAGAAACAGGAGGAACCCGUCGUGCAGCUGGUUGGUGUCGCCGUCGGGGCUGACCAGCGCGUCUGCCGCCUCCAUCACGUCAGCCAUGUUGAUCCUUGCUGGGGGGGGAUCCUUGCCUCCGUCGGGAUGCCCAUGCGCCAGGCCGCCGAGUGCUGCUCCUCUGUGCGGUUCCUCAGGAGCGCCAGCCCUCUCUCCGGGAUCGUCUUGGUCGGCCCACGCGUGCCGUUGCGUGCUGAUGCGGCGCGGCGGCUGCCGCCCCCAUUGUGGUCUCCCCCGUCGCCGCCCCCACCCGUGCCGUCGCCUGGCUCGUCGGGGUUCCCGCCAUCGCCGCCUCCUCCUCUCGCCGCGACACGCCCUCGCCCCCCGCCUCGCCCCCUCCCCCGUCCUCUCCCUGACCCUCUGCCGCGUCAUCUGCCGCCUCUGCCCCCUCUCGUGUUGCUGGCAUGGUUGUUUGCGUUUGUUGGCGGCUGAGGGGGUCGUGGAGGUGGUUGGGACGGUUGAGAGGG